UCUUAGUGAGUGUUCUCCAGGAGAGCACACAGUCAUCUUCAACUUGUCAGCAGGAGCAGAGCAUAUCGGAUUUCUACAGGACUGGAAGAGUCACAUGCCCCGUACUGAAUUGCAGAAGAUCAGCUGUGUGACUCCCCUUCACAGUCAGGCUAAAGAAGAUCACAUACAGACAGAGCUGUUGCCAUGAAGUGAUCAUUCAGUAAGCUAAUUUCAUGCUGCCAAGCCCUUCCCCACCCGUCUCACCUGCAGAAAUGGGGUUAUGUGAGAGUAUGAGGGGUUUGACGUGGCAGUUCAGGGCCGGUGUAGGAGUGUUGCUGCUGUGGCUCAGCCUGGCCCAGUCUGUCCCUCCCGACGCCACCUGUCCGGCUGCCGCGGCCCCACAGAAUCUCACCCAGCCCCAGUACCAGGGCACAGCAGAGGAGGACACCAUUGUGGGUUUCAUGGCAGCUCUGGUCCAGUCCUUCCUGCACACAGUCCAGCCUAAACCCUUUCCUAAAGAUUUGAUCCUGAAAAUAAUCCAGGAUUCUGAAUAUCAGCAGUUUAAUCAAGAAAUCCUCAAAGAAGCCCUGUUGUACCAAGUGGGUUUCCUGGUGUGUGCAGCCAUUGGUGUCCUGUACAUCGUUUUGAUGCCCAUAGUUGGGUUUUUCUUGGCAUGCUGUCGCUGCUGUGGCAACUGUGGUGGGAAGAUGUACCAGAAGCAGACGUCUUCCAUUCACUGUCACAGAAGAAUCCUCUACUGGAGUGCAUUCAUCACCACAGUCAUUAUCCUCGCCGGGAACAUAUGCAUGUUCCGAAGUAACGAAGCCUUCAAAAUGAGCGUGGACCAGGGUCCAGUGGAGCUCAACAAAACCAUUUACAACAUCAACACCUUCCUCUCUGCCGUGCCUCAGCAAGUUGACUAUGUGGUGAACCAGUCCCACAAAACCAUACAGGAGGUUACAAGGAACCUAGAUGACAUUGGACCUCAGUUGGGAUCAGGUGUCCAGGAGCGACUCAGAGGAACCCUGGAUCCGGCACUGCACUCAGUUAAACUUCUGGACCAGGACACUGUGAACACCAAUGAUCAACUGAAAAAGCUGAACUCAUCUUUGUCCCAGCUGCAGUCCAGUUUGGACGGCCUCCAGGCCAAUGUCACUGCUGUUAGAAACCGGAUCAGUCAGACUAUAUCCAAACCAACGUGCACUAACUGCAACAAACUGAAUCCUGAGAUACAGAAACUAACACUGGAUACCUCCAUCUCUAGCCCCAGCCUGAAUAGGUUCCAGUCUGCAGUGGAUGAAGUCAUUAAAACUAAUCUCACAUCUAAGAUCAAGGAGGCAGAGGACUACGUCAACAGCAUCCCCCAGAGGGUGACCAAUGAGACCAAGGAAGUAGUUCAAAACAGCAAGCAGCUGUUGGGUGACAUUGAAACACAGAUUUCCCAGGUUACCAGUGACAUCCCUUUAUCGUCUCUGAAAGACGUGUCGGAGACUUUGGACCAGGUGCAAAGAGAAAUUGACAGGCUCACACCAGAGGCUCAGAGAGCUGAGCAUAUUAGAUGGAUAGUAUGUGUAGUCCUGUGCUGCAUCAUCCUUCUGGUGGUGGUGUGCAACCUCUUGGGUCUGGUCCUGGGCCCUGCGGGUCUGAAAUCCAAGGCGGAUCCCACAAAACGCUCCUGCACAGCAGACUGUGGAGGCACCUUCCUCAUGAUGGGUGCAGGUUUCAGCUUCCUCUUCUCCUGGCUGUUCAUGAUUGUGGUGCUGCUGCUGUUCCUCCUGGGAGGGAAUGUUUAUACUCUGUUCUGUCGGCCCUGGAGCAAUGGAGAGCUGCUAAAGUUCAUUGAUACUCCAGGUUUAAUUCCAGGGUUGGAAUUAGGUCCAGCUUUUGGACUGAAAACCAACCUCAAUAUCUCUGAUGUCUAUAGAGACUGCGAGGAAAACCAACCUCUGUGGACAACACUUCACCUGUAUGAGGUCAUAGACCUAGAAGAUCUGCUCAAUGUGUCUAAAUACACAGAAGAGAUCCGGCAGUCCUUUGAGAAGGAAGACAUCACUCUGUCCACCAUCACGCUCCUAAGUCCUGAAGUUAGAAAGCAACUCAGCAGCCUCUCCGGCACAUCUAAAGAUUUUGACUUCGCUUCUGUCACACAGCAGAUGAACAAUAUUUCCAGGGUCAAUCUGAGUGCAACAGCAGAUAAACUCAAUGGCCUCGCUGAUUCUCAAGCAAACAAUGAUAUUCGAAAAGAGCUCCAAGAUGAGGCCAGGGACCUGAGGCUGAUCCAGUCCAACAUAGAAACAACCAUCAUUCCACAAUGGGAAAACCUCAACACAACCAUCAAGAGCCUUCUAUCCAUCGUAGAGAAAAUCAAUGGUACAGUGGGGGAGGUGCUGAGCAAAGUGGAGGCAGCACAAGACUUCCUCAACACAAAUACGACACUGAUCAUCAAGACCGAAAGCAGAAAUUUUUUGGACUGUCAGCUUCAUUACUUUGUUGUUUACGCAGACUGGGCCAACCUCACGAUCACUCAGGAAGUGGGCCGCUGUGGCCCCGUGGCGGGAGCUGUGGACUCUGCUGAGACCGUCCUCUGCUCACAAAUGGUGGAGUCUCUGAAUGCGUUCUGGUUCAGUCUUGGCUGGUGCAUGAUCUUCUUCAUCCCCAGCAUCAUCUUUUCUAUCAAACUAGCCAAGUAUUACAGGAGAAUGAAAUACACUGACGCCUAUGAUGACCACAUAAUCAUGAACCACAUCCCACGGGCCCAGAUGAAAUUCUCCUGAGAAGACGGCCUAUGUGCGAUACAGCAGACACAACUGUGGCAUCGCUUGAUGAAAUAAAAACACAUGGCGCACUUGUGCACAGAUGUGGCACAUUCACACUCUGGUGAGAAGUCUGUAACUGUAAAAAAAAAAAAAAGAGUUAGGCUAGUAUUUAAAUUAUAAUUCUGAUUUUCACCAUAAGGUGGAGAAGCAAAGAUACUUAAUUAAAAUUUGUACAUCACACACAGCAUCUUUGAGAGGACCUCAGGGGCACACAGAGCACAAAGUAAUAACUAGGUGCUUUGUUUUUUAUUUUUUGUCAUUUUUGAAUAACAUUUCACACCUGUUACAUUUCUUGUAUCACAUAAAUGAUUUAUAUGGAUUUACUACAUGAACUGUGGACUGUUGCUGGGUUCUGUGAAUAUACGCUCUAUAUUUCAAAUUGUAGAGCUGUUUUUGUUGAGAACUGAUGACAUUUACAUGCUUUUACAGUCACGUUAGUGUGCUGUGCUCUCAGAGAACACAGCAGUGAGUUACUGUGCCAACAGGCAUCAGUGAUGUGCCAGCCUCUAUAUACUCUGUUUGGCAACCUAAUUCCAAUGGGAUAUCUUUUUUCUAAUUAAAUUCUUAAUUAUACUUGCAUAAACCAUGAUAAUUGAUGAUUACUUUUUUGUGUGAUGCACGGUAUGAUUGAUAUCACUGCUCUUUGCAAACUACACAAUGCAAGUAAUUUGUUUCCAACUUUAAAUGUUUUUGUAAAUACUGAUUUUUGCUGGUGUGAUUCAUGAUUCAAUAAUAAUAUUUUUUGUACUUUGUGCUACUUUGUACUCAAUAGUAGAUUGUGUUUUAUAUUUCUGUCACACAGCACUUUAUUGGGUCUCUGCUCAACGCGAUCCAAAAAUUGUGAACAUUUCUGCUUGCUGUUGUGAAAACUGCUGUAAGUAAAAAGUGACACUGGUGAACAACU